AUUAGUUUUUGAACAACAACAACAACAAGAGAUCUAUGGCUGAGAGAAUAACAAUAAAAUUCCAGGUAAGUAAAGCACAUUGUUGAAUCAGUCAGCAGUUACAACACGUGUCCUCCACUGUUGCUUUGCUCUCCUGUACAGUAGGUCUAAUCAGGUCCUGGAAGUGAGUAAUAUGGAUUCAUGAGUCACUAUGGGGCAUCUUCAGACUCCUUUGUUCUGGGGUUGGGAAACACUCACUGUAUCUCCAGUGGCAACACAAUGUAACACCUAAUUUGAGGGUGCAGCACUUUAUUCAUGAAACACUAUUUAUACAUGCCAGGUUCACCCAAAUUGUUAUAGGUUCUGUCUUGUUUUCGUACGGAAAAAAAAAAAUCAAAUGAAGUGGGACCUUUUGCCAAAAUAUCCUCUUUGUUCGGUUCUGCUUAAAAAAAAAAAAAAGCUUGGCACAUGUAGGGCUAUAAACUUUAAUGACAAGUUUAAUUCAGAGCAAAUAAACUGCAACUGUGUUUUCAAUUCAAACACUUCUUUUUCUCCACAUUUUUAAAACAAAUGACUCAUAACCUUUUUGAGUGAUCGAAGGAGCUGCUGAGUGCAGAAGGCAGGAGGUUCUGAGAGACAAUACUGGAAUCCACAUGUGCCACUUUGCACAGUAAUUUUUUGCACAUUCAUUGCCUCUUGGAGAAAAAAAACAUAUUGCUGUAGGUGCAACAUAAAUUCAAUUUAGCUCUAUUGUACUGGGGUGGCAGCAGAAAUCUCAGCAACAUAUCUCUAAGUCUGGGUAAGUGAGAGCAAAAAUAUCCGCAUAUCUUGAAACAACACGGGCCAUAUGGGAAAAUAUUCUUUCGUAAUUUGGGUGAACUGACCCUUUUAGCAUGGAGUUCCUCAAGGCUUUUACUUUACAUCCAAGAUUGAAGUGCUCACUUGUUUCACCAAGAGGAAGGUCAAGCCUGAGAAGAACCACACUGCUUGUCUGCAGACCAGACUGUAUAGCUCAAGGGGGUCUGAGAGCGGAUAGGAGCCAGAGCUGCAGAGCAGGAGGAGGCAGAUUUGGUUUCACCCCUGGGUAUGCUGAGUGGAGGUCUCCCUCUCUCACACCAGGGCGAACAAUAUUUCAUCAUGUGGUAUGAACCUGCAGACAUGCCCAGAGGAUUUCACCACUAUACUCCUAAUGAUGGAAAAUUAACGCUCCACUGAACAGAGCUAAAUGCCCCCACUGACAACAUUUCCAAACUAUUUACAGCGUGGGCCUAAAAAGCAGCAAGUUAAAGGAUCACUCAGGAUAUAUUUCUGUUGAUUUGGGCGUAAUGAGGAAAACUUGUCAGACACGUUUUGUUAUGAUUUCCAUGAAGGGCAGAAGAUGAAAUAGUAAGGGAAAUUGUUAAAAAAAAAAAAAAAAAAAAAUGACGGGUGAUAAAAUACUAUGAGCUAUAAUUAUAAAUGAGAAAUGUCUCUCAGACCCUGAGGAGCGACAAGUGAGAAUUUGGGCGUUUUUCUUAGACUUGGGAGACAAAUGUAUCCACAAGUUUCACCUGAUAUGAGGAAACCCAGUGUGCUGAAUAGAGAAGCGGUCUUUACGCACAAUAAACAGACUCCACCCAGACAUGCCUGGAAGAAAAACCUCUUGGUACAGUAGGGGCUGGCCACUGACACAAGCUCCAUCCACGCCGACUGAUGCUCAACAGCCCCUGAUUAAGCUCCUGUGUUCAUAUUUUUACAACUUUUACGCGCAAGCAAAAUGAGAGCCCUCAUCUCAACAGUGGCGUUGUUGUGGGUGAUAGCAAUACCCUGCACGGAAGCCAUUCACGGAUUAUACAAUUUUGGCCAGCAUGAGUUAUUCUACAAAAAGAAUAACUGUAAGCCAAUUCCUGCAAACCUCCUCCUGUGCCACGACAUAGAGUACACGGAGAUGCGCCUCCCGAACCUGCUCGGACACGAAACCAUGAACGAAGUUCUGCAGCAAGCUUCGUCUUGGAUCCCGCUGGUCCAGAAGCAAUGUCACCCCGACACGAGAAAGUUCCUCUGCUCCCUUUUCGCUCCCGUGUGUCUGGAUGACUUGGACGAGCCCAUACAGCCGUGCAGGUCUCUGUGCGAGAGCGUCAAGAACGGCUGCGCGCCCGUGAUGUCCGCGUUUGGCUUCCCCUGGCCAAAGAUGUUGGACUGCGACCGUUUCCCUCUAGACAAUGACCUGUGCAUACCACCUGCAGGCAUCGACAACUUUGUGCCAGUCACCAAAGAAGUGCCCAGAGUGUGCGAUGCUUGCAAGGAAACAGAUGAAAAUGACAACGAAAUUGUUGACAAUCUGUGUAAGAAUGACUUUGCUCUGAAGAUCAAAGUCAAGGAGAUCUCCUACAUCAACGGUGACACCAAGAUAGUGCCGGAGACCAAGAGCAAGACCAUCUACAAGCUGAACGGCGUGACUGAGCAUGACCUGAGGAAGACUGUGCUGUGGCUGAAGGAUGGCCUGCAGUGCAUCUGUGAGGAGAUGAAUGACAUCAACGCUGCCUACCUGGUCAUGGGCCAGAAGAUGGACGGCCAUCUGGUCAUCACCUCUCUGAAGCGCUGGCAGAAGGGCCAGCGUGAGUUUAAGAGGAUUUCCCGCAGUAUCCGCAAGCUGCAGUGCUAGGAAGGGAAAAAAAACUGCAUGUGUUACUGUUGAAGAUAAAGUUCAGUUGAGCUCUUCCCCGUUCAAAUUUUCAUGAUUGGUUUGCAGUCAAAUAUAUCUUUCUAUAGAGCCCAGCAAAGAUGUUUCCUUGGCCAUGUGUCUUCCAUUGGUUUAUCAUUAAUAUCCUAAAUCUUAAAAACAAGGUGAUAUGGGGCACACAUAGGGUUGCAUGGCUGAAAUAGCUUGCAUUUAUUUGACUCUCCACUGUAAAUUUUAUGGAUUUUCAGUUUCCGAAAGGUGCUAUGCCCCAAUACACUCAAACUACAUUAAUCAAAAUAUUUUAAAAGCCAACAUUUGGUUGCUAAAAACACCAAUUAUAUCUGGUGCAAACACAAAGGUAAAUAAAUACAGAAAGAGAAGUCCCUAACGGUACAGUUAUGUGAGAUUCUGUGACUUUCAUCCAUUCACUCUUGUUCGUUUUGCACUGACCGCCCCCUAGUGGCCAGUUUUCAAGUGUCUUCCCUGGGAGCUGUCUUUUUUGCUGUCACCUCAUUAAUUAAUGCAGUUAAUUGCACUCAGCUGGUGUCCCAGGUACAGACGAGUCACUAAUUACAUGAUUAGAGUGAAAACUAGCAGCGCUUUGAAUCCAGGAUUAAAAAUGACUGACUCUAAUAAUCAUUGGCAGAUGUGGCCUACAGUUACAUCCUGCAGAUGUAGUUUAUCAUACUUUAAGAUACUUUUCUUUUCUCUUCCGUUAUCAGAAUGUAAGGUUUUUCUACCUUCUUUGAAGGGGCCUCAAACAGGGUUAAAUUCUCGGCAGAAUUUGUUUAGGGCAGUGGUCAGGCUUUAUUAAAAACUCCUAUUAAAAAACAACUUACAUUAAAAGAGUCGAAGGCCCUGACUGCUUGAGACAGGACUUCACAAUUCAAGUAUUAAGAUUUUUAAGAGUUCUGCGGGAUAUUUUGAGGGAGUCUUCCUUAAUAUGGUAUCAAAACUCAUUUCUGUCCUAGUUCUACAGACACAGUUACAAAGAUGGAGUCAUUGUGUGUGGUGCAUACCGAGUGAAGCUGUGAUUCCCCGUGUGUGUAGUGUGAUGUUCAAAGACAAAAUAAUGUUCGUGUUUUUGUAUUCCUACCGUUUUCUCAAGCAAAAAUGAGAGAUAGCUGGCUAUAUUCUCUUCCUGUUCAACAAUUGAUUAUUCUUGAUAAAACUUUUAUAGGCCUGAGCAACUGCAUACUUUUCUACCACAGUAUGAUAAAACAAAUAUUUUUCUACUCCAGACUUUCACAUGUCAUUUAAACUUUUAUGUAAAGUUUUGGUUUGCAUCUUCAUCCUGUUGUUUUAUGAGUAACACAAAUUGUAUUAACGCUGAAUAUCUGAGUUAUGGUUGAUAGUGUUGAUUUGAUGAGCAGUAACUUGAUAAGCGCAAAUAACCAUGUGGCAGUGUGUAUGUGUGCAUUGUAAAGUAUUUUUUUGAAAGUAUUACUGUGUAAAUAUCAAAUACUAUCUUUUAUUCUUGUAUAAAGUUUCCAGCUAUUAAAAGCUGCCAACAACACGUUUUGAAAUUACUCAUGAACGGAGUGUUGAGUUCUAAAAAUAAGAUAUCCUAUCAUUUAGAGGUCAAGUUCACAUUUGACUAUCAGCAGGAAACCAAUAUACUCAUGAAUAAAAGAGGAGUUAAAAAAAAAAUCCUGAUGACCGUAGUUAGAAGAUGGAAAAAAAAAAUCUACAGAAUGUAUUAUUAAAUGCCACCAUCUAGUGGAAGUCAAUGGUAACUGCAGACAGAUCCUUUUGUGGCAUUUAGCACUGUGUCUAAGGAUGACUAUUUACAGUUUUUUCAUCUAAAAUAUUUGCACCAUUAUUUAACUUAAGUGGGGGUUAUAAUGCUUAAAAAGAUCUGUCAUGCAGUCAUAUUGAAUGUAGUGUUUUCAUGCUUGCUUAUAGACAUGCCUUUAUUUUCUUUCGUUUUGACCAUGCAUUUCUGAGAAACAUCUAAGAAAUGUGACACCUGUUUUGUUCCUGAUACUCAUUUGUUUUUCACUACUUCGAUUACUGUGGGGAAAUUAUUGUACUGCAAGGCCCAAUGCUUUUUAAAAUAUUCCACAUAUCAUCUUUGCUCUUAAGUUUACUUCUUAUGUCCUACUUUUAAACACGAGUGCUCUCUUGCUGUUUUGUUUGGGUGAUGCUCUUCGUAACUUUUAUUUUGAUAAAUUCCAUAUACAAAGUCUUUACUUAAGAAAAACAGGCACAAUGUUAGAUCUGAAACAGACAGACUAUACGACUUAAUCUAGCGAUUUACAUCUUCAAACGGCUUGUUUCUGUCACCAACAGUCUAAAUCUCAAAGCAUCCAUAAGGAUAUAAACCAGAAAUGCAUACAAUUCUGACAUUUGAGAAGGUGGAAGAAGUCUGCAACUUAACCUCAGAAUUACUUAAAUGAUUUAAUCGUGGUGAUGAAUUUUCUGUCAACUAAUCGUUUCACUAUAACAAACUACUUGGGGCCAUCCACUGAGUGAUGUGGAGUACGUCCGCAGUAUGUAUCUCUAGAUUCUUCUCAUUCAUCCAGGUAUUGUGCUACCUUGAUGACUACGACUGUACUGACAUGUCAAAAUGAAUCAGUCCACUGGACUGUGUGAGUAGAUUUCCCCACGUGUUUUAGGGUUUCAUCAGCUCUGCCAAUUGAUGGGGAGUCCCAGACAUUUCACCUCUCAAGGUGAAUCACACUGGCACAUGAGCUGCUGAGGGUUGUUAUAUGAAUCAAGGUGUGAACCAAAAGAGAUGAGUUGUAAUCUACAGUCUAAAUGAUUUCCUCUCAUGAGGAAAGAACACCACAUUCAGGUUCCUCACUGGUGCUGCAAUGAAAGUGAACUGUAGCUGGUAUUGCCAAAAAGACUUAAAGUAUCAGUGACUUAAAACACUGUCCUCACAUUCACUUCUUCUACAUGGUUUCUAUACCACUUUACACCUUGAACUGUCACAUGACUACCAUGUGACUUCAAUGAGUCACCAACAGAUUUCAUGUGACAUUAUAGCAUGAUUGACCCAGAAAUACCUGGGACUCCCCACUGGCCAAUGGAACUGACGAAGCCUCUUGUAUGCCUGCCUAAAAGCCUUAACCCUACUCCUACAGUCUAGACAGGGGUUUCAUUUUGACCUGCCAAGCCUCAGAAGUAAAGUGUUCUUGUUGGUCAGGGUCCAAUCCUAAAGGAGUUUUGCCAAGUAGCUUUAGUAUUAACAAGAGGCUUAUAUGUAUUAGGAAAUGUGUAUUGUGUUUAAAGUUCCUGCAAAAGGCAAUACAUGUGUUCUUCUUCACUGCAUUUGUUUUGACAGAGCUAUUGCUAGUAGGUACUGACCAACAUUAUACAUUCAAAACAUAUGAUCACUUGGUAAAAUACAAAGCAGUACUGAUUAAACUACAAACACUAAUUAAAAUGAUCUCCACUAUAACAAGCGACAAAACCAAAAUGCAACUUAUAGCAAAUCAACAAUAUACAAUAUCUUCAGUAUUGACUUGGAACAUUGUGCACAACCAUUAAAGCAGUUGAAUACUUCUUCCAUGCAUA